UCUCGAGCAUAGCAGACUAAACAUGAAGACUUCAGCACUCAUCGCAGUUAUUCCAGCCAUACUAGGUGUCGCCGACGGCCAUUGGAUAUGGGCUCGGGUAGCCCACAAUGGAGUCUGGCAAGAGCCUCUACAAUACCUCCGAAACCACACAAGUCCCUUCUGUGAUGAGCCUUUACAACCCCCAGGAUACAGUGGGACUCCCUGUCGCCACGCGUCAUGGCCACACUACGCGUUUGACUUGCCCAACUCUGUCCGCUGCGGCCGCGGCACUAUCGAGCACGGAGUGACCACGGAGACGCUCAAAGUCAAAGCUGGUGACACGCUCGAGGUCCAGCAAGUGCGCGCCUCCCCGGAGGAGUUCGACCAGACGGCUUAUAAGACCAUUUUCGAGUGCAGCUCUGGACCUGGUGCUUGUUGCGAGGGUUAUGGUGCCUGCUCAUUCUGGAACGGAAUCGAGCAACCGGUAGACUUCAACCACUGGGGCCCAAGAACCAUCCAUCUCUCCAAGGUGCCAGAGGGACAAGACGUAAGCACGUACGAUGGCUCUGGUGAAUGGACAAAGAUCGAUACGCAAGGCGUGGACGUGGUGGACGGAAGUAUGCGCUGGCACAUGUACGUCGGCGAUAACAAUCUGCCGCCUCGGGCGCCCUUCAAAAUCCCUAAGCAAACGCCCGCUGGCCAGUACCUGAUGCGCAUCGACCUCAUGUGGCCAGGAACCAAAGAAGCUGAACAAAACGACGCGCAGAUGUAUCCCGGGUGUGCGCAGAUCGAGGUCGAGAGUGAAUAUACUGGAUCGCUUCCUGAAGGCGGAGUGAAGAUUCCUGAGGAUCUGGCUACGGGUAAACCUGGAACGCUAAUGAGUAGAGAUAUGCAAAACUUCCAGAAGGUGGAUGAAGAUUAUGAGUAUCCUGGGGGGCCGCUUUGGGAUGGCGAGAAGUUAGUACAGGAUCGUCCGCCUGCGGUUUAG